AUGGCAUCGAAGUCGCUUUCUAUUUACUCUCCAAGUCUUCCAGCCUUUGCUGAGCAGGCCACGUGCAUCAACCCAUAUUGGUCCAUAAGUUCAGAUCUCCUACCGCAGAUGUCGUCCUCGGCUCGACCACCCAACGAGGGAAACCCCCAAAGAACUUUUGAAGACGAAAUUCAGGCCCUCCUUGAACACGAUGGUACGAACCAAAACAUCGGUACUGAAGAAGUCAUUAAUGUCCCAUAUGCGCCCGUUAUCCUCGCUGAAGAAAACGAAGAGGUUGAUACGCUAUUCAGUGGGACACAACCAACAACUGCCUGGUCAAAACAAAUGGAUUGUCUGGCAUUUUACCUACGGAGAGGGCGUGACAGUUUGACGGCCAUCUCAAAUUGCUUACCCGAUAUCAUGUGGAUAAUUAACAUGGACAACAACGUGGAAGAAAACAAUAGCAGCGGUGAUCCUUCCGGCGAGUCGUUCCAAUCAAAUGGUACAAGUGGUGGCUCAUAUCAGCAAAUGGGACAAAACGGAAGCAAUCCGACAACUAAGAGCCGAACUAUCAUCUUGAUAAAGGCCAUGCUCAUGCUCAUCGAUGAACGGUAG